UCCAUCCGCAGUUCAGUCCAAGCCAAGCACUUUCAUUCAUACAACGUCAUAUUGAAGAGCGAGAGAAGCACGACGUUUACCACGGCGUGGGAGAGAUGUCGAAACAAUAUUUGACCACGCAUACCGUGGAUAAUGCCCACAUCACCGACAUCUUUUCCAUUGCGACGACAUCCAAAGCUGUGAUAUCAGGCAGUGGAUCUUCCACGCUUCACGUUCAUGAUACAACUGAUCCUUCAUUCCCACUCAAGCAGUCCAUCUCAGAUGCACACAAGUUGGGGUGCCACCACGUGUGCACCUCACGGAAUGGUAACGUCGCAGCGAGCGCUGGAUUUGGCGGCGAGGUAAAAAUUUGGAAAGUCGACAGCGACACUGGCGAAUGGAGUUUGGAUGGUGAGAUUAGAGGAUCUUCAUCUAAGCCUGGUGAGGCCUGGGCUAUGGCGUUGAGUGAGAAUGGAUCUUACCUGGCUACUACAACAAACGAUGGCCGAGUCAACGUUUGGGAUGUCAUGGGUGAGAAGAAGCCCAAGAUUCGUGAGUACGAAACCGGAAGUGCUGGAUCUGGAAGCUUUGGCAUGUCAGUGGACUUGAGCCGGGAUGGGAAAUACACGGCCAGCGGCCACCAGAAUGGAUCUGUCUACAUUUUCAACAAUGAUACAGGAAGAGUCCUGUACUCAUUAUCUGGUCGGUUGCCUCGUACACCUCUUACAUACUAUUUCUCUGACAUGUGCUAUCAGGUCUCGCAAAGCCUGUACGAUCAGUUGCCUUUUCUCCUGGUAACACUCGACUUGCUGCUGCAGGUGACGCUGGAAUCAUCGCACUCUACGACAUAAAACAUGGAGAACAUGUUGGGAACCUGACUGGACACUCCUCGUGGGUCACAUCACUCGACUGGAGCGAUACAGGGGAGUACCUGCUAAGUGGCUCAAUGGAUGGGAAGGUCAAGGUAUGGUCAAUUGAGCGAAGCGCGUGUGUGGCAACCCAUAGUGAGACGGACAAAGCUCUUUGGUCUGUAAAGUGGCUACCGAAGACUGUCAGAAGCGAGAUGUUCUGCACUGCUGGCGCAAACAGGAGCCUUUCGUUCUACCGAGAGGCUACUGGUGGUUGAUCAUUGUAUAAUAGAAACGGGAAACUCUCGGCGAUGAGGGAAUUCGAUCACCAAGACAGUCAGAAAAAGAAAAGACAUUACAGGCUUAUGUUAUCACGUUUCACUAACAGCUUGUAUGUGUGAACUUGACGGCAUCAAUACGAUAGAUCAGCGGGCCGCAAAGAAAUCCACAAACUGGGGGCAAGACCGGGAAUCCUAGCAGUACCUGGGAUAAGAGUUGAAAUCUAAACCUUAAGGAUAGUUACCAAUUCAUAUCAUUCGAAAC